AUGGCCCUAAUCGCAGCGCGGCCCGGCCCAGGUGUGAUAGUCGACUUCAACGACGCGCCCUCGUCGCCCGAGCCAGCGCCCGCCGUCUAUGCCGGCCCUCUCUACGCCUCGCGCCCGCUGCCCGAGUACGUGUCGGCCGACGACUACCAUGAGGGCCUCAAGCAGAUCCGCGCCCACCUCGGCCGCGACUGUGGCUUCGGCAUCGCCAUCUCGCGCACAAAGUCGUACACGCCCACCAAGACGGGCGCGAAGAGAAUCACGCGCGUCAUGCUCCAGUGCGCGCGCUCCAAAGAGUACAAGAGCAAGGGCCUCGGCCACAAGGUCUACGCCACCCGCAUGACAGGAUGUCCAUGGCGGGCCAAGAUGCAGCCUCACCCGGGCGGCGGCUGGAAGGUCACGGCUGUCUGCAUGGACCACAACCACGAGCUCAACGAUGUCCUCGACGACAAGGGCAUGCCGCCGCGCGCGAGGACAACCACGGCCACCCCGAGGCGCAAGGCCGCCGCCCCGGACGAGCCCUCGCUCACGCCCCCUGCGCCCGCAACCUACAUACCCCCGCCCACCCACUCGCCCGCCACUUCCAACUGGCCCACCAUCACUGCAAGCGGCAUCAGGCGUGUCGUCGUGCCUAUGCAGCAGCGUCUGUUGUCCAUCUCACGCACCCAGUUUCCCAUGGACCAGCCCAUGUUCCUCGUCUACACUGACCACUUCCAGUCCAUACUGGGCCCCCAUGCUGAUCUAAAACUUGCCUUUGAAGACGACUUCCCCUUUGCUUACCAGGGCGGUGUCUACACGCCUGCUCACGAUGUCCUCUACGUGACCAGUAACCAGUACAGCCUCCCCAUGGGCCAGGACAAAGUCGCCGUCGUGAGCAAGAUGACCCGCAAUCUCUACGGCCAGUGGACCCGCCAUCAAGUGCCUAAUCAAGUCCGCAACCCUGCCGGCGGAGCUGCUUAUAACGAUGGCGUUCUCGACGGCGUUCUCUUCUGCGCCCAAGGCGACAUGGAGAACCCCACCGCUCUUGUGCACAUGGAGGCUGACUAUCCCUUUCGCAUCCGCACCCUCGUGAACAACUACCACGGCCGGCGCUUCAAUUCCCUCAAAGAUGUAGCGAUCCACUCUGAUGGCAGCAUAUACUUUACUGACCCUGUCUACGGCCACGAUCAAGGCACGCGGCCGCCUCCAGAACUGCCGAAUCAAGUAUAUCGUUUUGAUCCGCACACCGGCGACGUGAGAGUGGUUGCCGAUCGCUUUGGGAGACCGAGCGGCCUCUGUUUUAGUCCCAAGGAGGGCACGUGCUACAUCAGUGAUACAGAGUUCAUCCAUGGAAACGGGCAUGUGGAUUUCCAAAGGGCGAGUACCAUAUACGCAUAUGAUGUCGGAGACCGCGCGCAGUCAAAGUUCCUUAUGAACCGUCGCGUCUUCGCCAUGGCCGACGUUGGCGUCCCAGACGGACUGAAAUGCGACUUGGCCGGCAACGUGUACGCUGCAUGCGGUGAUGGUCUCAGUGUGUGGAGUCCCGGUGGUGUGUUGUUGGGCAAAGUGCUUGUACCUGGCGGUCUAGCCAACUUCUCGUUCGGGCGUAAAGGCGAGCUCUUCUUACUGAACGGGAAGAAGCUAUGGAUGCUGAAAGUCGCCGACACCGUCAAAGGCGUCUUGGUCAAUCGAGAGGCGUUGAGGUACGAGGAGGUUGAGUAA